GUCAGUACUCAACUGCCAGCCAUGAAGCAAACCAAGUUCAAGCAGGCUGACUUGGAACAGCAGAAACGCAAUGAAGAUGGACCUAAAGCAGGACCUACAGUGAAAAAGAUAGACCUGCUGCAGGCUAAAGAAAGAAUAAACAGCUUAGCUGACAUCAGAAAACAGGAGCCUAAGGCAGAAGAGGAGAAGCUUUCUAGUCAACUGAAAAACCCACAGGAUUCACUCAAAGCUGCUGCAGGUCAUAAGGAGAUGCUGCCUGAGUCAGAGAAGGAGCCGAAUCUGUCUGAAGAUGAAAAACAUGUAACUGCGCAAGAUGCGUUACAGCUGGCAGCAGAGCAGGCUCCUACUGAGGAAAUUGAGAGGGAGCACCUCCUAAAUUACGACGCCAAGCAGGAUGACUCACCCCCUGGAAAGGCUGACAAACAGGAACAUGAAGCACUGACCCAGGAUAAGGAUGUCGAUUACAAUUUAGAUGAGAAUGAAGCUGGAUCAGAAACAGACAAGCAAGCAGCACUUGCCGGGAUUGAAAAUGUUCAAAACCGUGAAGAUACGAAGACCCACUUAUCUGAGCACGGUGAAGAAUGA